CGCAUAACAAUUAAAGCAGAAAACGCCAGAGAAAGCCGGAAUUCUUUUUCCUUCCAACCGAUCACCAGAUGCAAGAGUCGAGUCAUUAUAGCAAAUCAAAAGCGGCAUCAAAAAGCUCAAACACUUCUACGCCAACGAAUACACAAAAACCCAAGUCCAGUUCAAAAAAGACUUCCAAAACUGCCACUCCGGUUUUACUAGCUUUACCCGAUGGUGAAUUAGAAGAGGCAGACGAUACCGAUGUUUACACAACAAAGCUCGGUGGUAAACCAAUUUGGCUUCAACCAGAUCAGCCGCCGUCUUCGAGCAUUUGCCGGUGUGAUAUUUGCCACGAGUGGAUGUAUCUCGUAUUUCAGGGCUAUGUUCCUCUUCCCAAGUCAGCUUUCCAUAGAGUAUUGUAUUUGUGGAUAUGUAACCGUCGAUCAUGCAUGCGAAAACCUGGCAGUUUCAAAGUACUUCGGUCACAUCUUGUCGACCCACAAUAUCUGAAAGCACAACGCAAAAAGGAGGAAGAAAAGCGGAAGCAAGAAGCAAAGAAACUUGAACAACAGCAGAAAGCAGCCAAUAUGUUUGGCGCAGGGCAAGGUUUCCAGCUGGGUGAUUUGUGGGGCGCUGAUAAAGGAUUCUCGUCAAGUAAGCCUUUUGGCACACCAACGUUUGGUGCGCCAAAGAAGCAAGACAUCAAAGAAACCUCAACGGCGGAACCGACAUUGGCAGAAAGAUUGAGUCAACUCCACCUGCAAGACACACCUUCCACAACGUCGGCAGUACCGGCAACAGUACCGACCAUUGAUGAUCCAGUGGAUGCCUCAUUGUUGCCCAAAUUCGACGCCCAGUACUUGUAUAUUGCCGAAGAAAAUCUGAACCAGUACGAGAACUUGGGCAUGGAUGUGCAAAAGUACAAAAAAUACCUGGACAUGGAAGCGGAACUACUGGAAAUGGAUCAGUUGGCAUCGGAAGGUGGGGAAGUGUGGGUAGGCGAAGCAUACGAAAAGCAGCAAUUACCGCGCGGCGUCGAUAAACAAUUCAAACGUUUCAUGGAAAGAAUUGAGUGCGAGCCAAGUCAAUGCGCGCGAUACGACUGGGGCGGCGCGCCAUUGUUAUAUCAUCAACAGGACAUCGCAGCAGGAAAAUGUAAAUCAUGCGGCGGACGACGGACGUUUGAGUUUCAACUCAUGCCCAACGUAUUGUCACUGCUUCCUACCGCGGAAUACGCUGCACGAAAUACUAACGAACCCACUCCCGCUCAGAAUAAGAAAGCAUUACUUGACAGUUGGAACGUGGGCAUGGAAUUCGGCACGGUGCUGGUGUUUGUUUGCGAACGUGAUUGCCAUCCAGGGGAUAUCGAACAAGUCAGUUACGUAGAGGAAGCGGCGUUUGUGCAGUAUGAAAUGGAUUAGACAUUGUUUAUUGAAGAGAGAAAAAAAAAAGAGCCGUAGAAAAACUUUGUAUAGAACUUGUGUUUACAUGAAAGAUAAAGAAAAAAAAAUAAGGUAGAGACAAAAAAAAAUGAUAAGAAAGGUAUUGAUGAACUGUACAUUCGUCUGAAUAGCGAAAGAAAAAUACUUUCGCAUAUACAAUAAAUGAGAUU